GUUAUUUCCCUCCAAAUUGAAAAUUUUUUCUAUGUUCUUCUGUUGAAUGGAUUUUAUGAACGAAGAAGGAUACACAGAGUGUGACUGCAGCGAUCCUAAUGGUCUCGUGUCAUGUUCCUUCCUCCCCAACCCAAGUCUCUACUUCGCUUCUUCAUUUCUUUUCCACCAACCUACAUCAAAUGCCUCUGCACUUCAACCGCCAAAACCCCACUUCCUCUCAACCGUCUUCACGCACUCUGCAGCACAGAAGAUAGCGACAAAGUCCCCAAUUGUGAGCUCGUUCUGGUCUCUGCUCUGAAAUCUUGCGCUUCCCGUUUGGCCAUUGCUCAAGGCCGGCAGAUUCAUUGCCUGGUCUUGAAGACCGGCUUCAAUUCUAACACUUUUGUUCGAAACAGUUUGAUUAACAUGUAUGUGAAAUGCGGGCUUAUUGGGGAUGCUAAGAGUUUGUUUGAUUCUUGUGUUAACUUGGACUCUGUUUCUUGGAAUAUUAUGAUCAUUGGGUUUGUGAAAUUGGGUCGGUUCGAUGACGCUCGUCACCUGUUCGAGGUAAUGCCUGUGAAGGAUUGUGUUUCUUAUACGACCAUGAUAAUGGGUUUUUCUCAGAAUGGGUGUUGGAAAGAGGCAGUUGGGGUGUUUAAGGACAUGAGAGGUGCAGGUGUGAUGCCUAAUAAGGUAACGCUGGUGAAUUUGAUUUCUGCUUCCUCACAUUUAGGUGGAAUCUGGGAUUGCAGAAUGCUGCAUGCUUUGGUGGUUAAGCUGCAUCUUGAUCGAUUUGUUCUUGUUUCAACAAACUUGUUGCAUAAUUAUUGUGUUUGUUCGAGUUUAAGGGAUGCAAGGUAUUUGUUUGAUGAGAUGGCAGAAAGAAAUGUUGUUUCAUGGAAUGUGAUGUUAAAUGGGUAUUCAAAAGCAGGGCUUAUUGAAUUGGCUAGGGAUUUGUUUGAGAGACUUCCCGCAAAAGAUGUAGUUUCAUGGGGUACUAUGAUUAACGGUUAUCUGCAAGUAAAUAGGCUAAGUGAAGCUUUGGCAAUGUACCGUGCAAUGUUGUGUGAUGGUUUGGGACCUACUGAUGUUAUGGUUGUGGAUUUAAUGUCAGCAUGCACACGAGAAAGGGCAACCACGGAGGGUUUCCAACUUCAUGGAGCAAUUGUAAAGGCAGGGUUUGAUUGUUAUGAGUUCGUCCAAGCAACUAUCAUUCAUUUUUAUGCAUAUUGUGGCAGGAUUGAUCUUGCUUGUUUGCAGUUUGAAUUGGGAAUUAAGGAUCAUCUUGCAUCUAGGAAUGUUCUCAUAGCAGCAUUUAUAAGAAAUGGAAUGAUUGAGAAGGCAAGGCAGAUAUUCAAUGAAAUGCCCGAAAGAGAUGUUUAUUCAUGGAGCUCAAUGAUUUCUGGGUAUACACAGAAUGAGCAGCCACACCUCGCCCUAGAGCUCUUCCAUGGAAUGAUAACUAGUGGAAUGAAGCCAAACCAAACAACUUUGGCCAGUGUCUUCUCUGCAAUUGCCUGUUUAGGAGCAUUGAACGAAGGAAGAUGGUUGCAUGAAUAUGUAUUUAAUAACUGCAUUUCUCUCAGUGACAACCUUAGUGCAGCAAUCAUUGACAUGUAUGCCAAAUGUGGAACCAUCAAUACCACCUUAGAAAUGUUCUAUGAAAUCAGAGACAAGACAUCUACUGUCUCACCAUGGAAUGCAGUUAUAUGUGGCUUGGCCAUGCAUGGCCGUACGAAUUUGUCUCUUGAGAUAUAUUCUGACUUGGAAAGAAGGCCUCAUAUUAAACAAAAUUCUGUAACAUUCAUUGGUGUACUUACUGCAUGCUGCCAUGCUGGGUUGGUAGAUUUAGGGAAAAGGUAUUUCAAGAGGAUGAUUAGUGUGUAUAAUAUAGAUCCUGGUAUUAAACAUUAUGGUUGCAUGAUCAAUCUCUUGGGCAGAGCUGGGAGACUAGAAGAAGCUGAGGAAAUGAUUGGGAGCAUGCCCAUGAAGGCAGAUGUUGUUAUUUGGGGCACGUUAUUGGCUGCAUGUAGAACACACGGAAAUGUUAAUGUAGCAGAAAAAGCUGCAGAGAAUUUGGCAAGGUUGGAACCAUCUCACGAAGGUGGUAGGGUUCUUUUAUCAAACAUAUAUGCAGAUGCAGGGAGGUGGGAUGAUGUAUUGUCCAUAAGAACUGCAAUGCAGGGUGAGAGAAUAAAUAAAUCAUAUGGGUAUAGUGGCAUUGUAUGAUAGAGUUGGGGGUUUAAUCACUUAAUCUUACUCUUGAUUUAGCUAUUUUGUAUCUGCAAUGAACUGCACUUGAUUGGUUGGGGUAAAUAAGAUCUGAAAAUUCCC